CUACGUUGGAAAUCGACAUGAACACGUCGGGAGACACCACGAGCCAGCACGUCCAGGAACUGGAUCGCGUCCUCCUUCGCCUGGGGCUCGCAGAUGACACCAAGAUCUGCGACGUCCUUCGCCUUCUGCUUCCGCAACUGUUCCAACGUCUCAUUCGUACACCGUCAGCGGAUGUCUCGUCGAAGAUCCUCGAAAUCUUGAGUCACCUCGUCAAGAGACUCAAAUCGCUUCCAACCAUUCAAAUCGCGCUACCCGUCGUGGCGCUCCUUCCGUAUUUGGACCCUGCGCCGUCGGACGACGUUCCAGCGCUGCACGUAACAUACGCGCGCAACUUUUCACUCCUGUUCGUGGAAAUGGGUUUCGGGGGCAAUCUUUCCAACGAUGACAAGGCUAUUGUUCUCACGACAAUCGUGCGCGGGAUGGCAACUCGGUCCCCCGCGUACCAAGAUGCAGUGUUUCGUAUGUUCAUUCACGCAUUCCUCCGACAAGACACCCCUGUCACGUUGGACAACACGUCACUGUGGAGUUGUCAAGACGUUGCCGUACUUCUCGAUUUCUUCCUCGACGUCAUGCUUUGCCCUUCGACGUCACAGUCACGUCCACGCACUGAACGACUCGCGCGCACAAAGGUUGCAACUCUCGAACCUGCCUCGAGAACUGACGUCCAGCUGAAGCUCGUGCAAUUUCUCAAACUCCACUCCACGUCCUCGUCCAACUUGGACGCGACCGUGUGGUUCGCUCACAUGGCAGCGGGGGCGGCGGCAGACCACCAUUCGAUAUCCACCUACUGCCAAGAGGAGCUGUCGCGACUCAUCAAGUAUCACCAUGAGGCGCUGGACACCGCAGCUGCCAUCACGCCGCUCUGUCACUUGAUACUUGGCUCGCAAAUGCCUUCCGUGGACGGUGGAGUGACCUUUCUCGACCGCCAGCCCAUACCUGACUUGGUCGCUCUGGCAGUCGUCCCUCUCCUCGUCCAGGUCAAGGCUAUCGCCACAGAUGGGUUCCCGCUCAACUUGCAAGUCAUUUGCACCUUUCUCUUUGGCGACAACCCCCGCCGACCCCGCGUCGUCAAGACCAACAUCCGCAAAGCUGGCAUGGACUUGUGUGUAUGGGUGCUUUCACACACCACAGACGCCAUGCUCCAAGCAGCGCUCGGUCCUGUGCUCUUCUCGCCGCUCCUAAAGCUCCUCUCCGAAGACGGCACCACGACAGACGAGUCUCCCACCGUCCUCCACGAACGCAAGGUUGGCGUGUACUCUGCCUUCUCCAUUCUGGCUAGACGAUUGCCAGCUCUCGUCGGCGCUUCCUCCGAAGCUUUCCAACGACUCAUGCACCGCGCCAUGGUUGAAGAAGAGCACGGACGAUCCGGCAGCUCGUGCCUGGAAGCCCUCCGCACCGUUGCGAUGGCGUAUGUAGGCCCUCACGUACCCGCGGCAGUGGUCCAGACGAUCAAGCAGGAGUUGGUUGACCUGGCUGCGUCAUCGAAGAUGCAGCAGGCGCAGUUUGAUCGCGUGCGGGGAGUGUUGGCCCUGUGGGCGUCGCAUUUACAGUUCCAAGGCGAGAAUGCGCGAGAAGGAGGCGGGGACUUGUCCAUGCGCCUCGUGUGCCUUCGAUUCGCUGGCGACGGCAGUGAACAAGUGCGAGAACUCGCGCGAAAGGCAGUGUUCGAGACGCCGCUGCCGACCUUCCACGACACGAUGACCGUCCUCGGGCCCCAGCUGAAGUCGAUGGCAGACCAACGAAUCGUGCUCGAGAUGGCGCUGACAUGGUGUGUGGCCAGCUUGCAAGCCGACGCGGCACCCACGGCAUGCCACACCACCGACGUGCAAACUCUAUGGGACACUUGCUUGAUGCUCCUGACCGGCCCACACAAGGCCGCGGCCUCCAAAACGCUCGUGCAAGUUGCAAACGUAGUGCGCUUGGGGUCGUUUUCCGUCGACGACAUGCGUGUGAUUCGACACACGAUGCUGAUGGACACGGACGACUGCGUUUGCGAGCACAUGGCGAUUUUGUUGGCUUCGCAACCAUUGCCAGAUCACGAGCUCCAUGACCUAGUGCAGGCACUGGCUGCGCUGCUCCAGAAUCCUUCGACUCGACAACUUCACGUGGUUCGGCUAGCCACGUCAUGUGAACGGCGCCAUUACGGCGCGCUGUGCGGCCUUGGCAUGCUUAUGCGUUCCAACCCACACUAUUUGCACAAGCACGACGUCGUCAAUACGGUUGCAGCGACUCUCGCAGACCACUUGGCCACAAUUCAAGACAACGCCGCGCUUUCCAACUACGACUACAACUUGCACAGUCAACUCGUGCUUGCCAGCAUCCAAGCACUGGGAGCGAUGGGGAACCUCAUGGACAUGGGAGGUGCUGCAAUGUCAGUGCUUGAAGUGGUUCUCCGGGCGGUCCACCUGGCCCGUUCAACGUCCGACACGACCAAUACCACGACUACGAUUCGAAUGCGGGCGAUUCAGACGCUCGGGUGCCUAGUCUACGGUCUGCCACGGACAUUUGCCGAGCACGUCACUGCCGCUGUCGUCGAAACGUUCAAGCGAUUAUCCAACUCGCGGGAUGCCACCUUGCAUUUUGAAGCGGCUAACGUGCUGGCUGCGUGGGGCCAUGUUGUCGAUGGGACGUUGGAGUCCGGAUUGAAAGCUGUCGCGGCCUCGGAGCUACCGAAUCGCGUCACUCUCGUACUCGACGUCGUCGUGGCAGGAGUUGCGUCCUCCUGUCCCCACGUGCGCAACAGCUCUGCCAUUUGGCUGUUUGGCAUCGUCGCGUCCAUGCGGCAAUCGCCCAAGGCGGGUGGAUGGAACGAGUGGGCGCGGCAGCUGCCAUUGAGGACACUGGAGCUGCAUGAGCUAUUGAUCGACCUACUCAAUGAAAAGACGACACUGACGCAAGAGUGCGCAGUGAAGGCGUUAGCCAUGCUCUUUGACGGUGCCGCUCAACACGCUGGAGCCGAGACUACCCAAAAGAACAUGAGCGACUCGCUCUUCAAACGACUGAAGUGCUUUCGCGCUUUCAAUGACUCGACCACAUCUCACGCAGGGUCUACAUCACCGCCUGCAACAUCCUCACCACCCGAAGGGACAUCGUCCGCAUUUGACGCCGCCGCCAACAACAACGCGAUCGAAAACGCAUGCUACCGCGAAGUGAGCAACGUGGCAGCCGACGUCGGUGAUGCCAGCGUCAUGUACACGCUGUUGUACCUCAGUGCCAACGACCCGAUGUGGAAUCUCCUUGACGAUCUCUCCAAAGUCGGCGAUCCAACGCUGCCGUCGGCGUCCCCUCUGCCCAAAGUCGCAGCGACAACGAUUGCCAGCAUGAUUCGCCUGCCUCUGAACGUUGUGGCGACCGACCGGGCGUUUGGUGCAGCACAAACCCACAAAGCGCACGCAGAAUGGCAUGUGUCGACAAUCGCCGUCUUGCUCGUGCCGCGCCUCUUCUUGCUCAAGCACCAUCCCAACCCGAAGAUCGGGAAUUGCAUGACGCAACUGUGGAAGGUAUUGGUGCACGGAAGUGCAGCCACGAUUGCCUCAACAACUCUUCCAUCCAACCUGGACAAGGCCAUGGCAACCCAGUUCUUCGAGCCCAUCCUGAGCUAUGCGUUGCAGAGAUUGGAGUCGAGCCGUCAUUUCAAGUACCGCGAGGCGGCGUGCAGCUCCCUUGUCGACAUUUUGAACGGCCGUGACGGCGCGGACGUGCGGGACCAUCUUAGUCGCGUGUGGAAGCUCGCGGCGCGGGCCAUCGACGACGUGAGUGACACAGUCGCCGUGGCAGGCAUCAAACUAGUCAAGUGCUUGGGGGAACUAAGCGUACGUGUGUCCGCCACUGACUCUCGAUGCCUGGACCAAGUGCUGCCAUUUCUCGUCCGCGAUGGCAUCUCAGCCACCCACAAACUGUGUCAGAUGCUGUGCAUGGGGUAUCUCUUGCGGCUCAUCCAGUCGAUUUCGCCCAUCCACCUUCACGCAUAUCUGUCAACGCUCCCCGUCACACUCUUGGAGUGCAUGUCGUCUCUGGAAAUGCCAGAGCUCCAGUACGCUCAGUUCCAUGUCCAAGACAAGCGGCAGCUUGAAAAGCUGCGUGUGUCGCUCAGCCAGGCGGGUCCGGUCGGCGAGCUCCUUCAAGCGUGUGUGGCGCAGCUGACACACCUCGCUCGUGAACAUGGUACAGUUGCCAACCGAAUUUGUGUUGGCCUCUACGUCGACUUGGCUUUUUCUUGUAGGCAGCGCCGCGAUCCCGAUCGUGCGCGACCUGUGUGACGGAAUGUGCACGGUCUUGCGAUCAGGCGUCGGCCUCAACACCCGUGUCGGGUCAGCCAACUUUGUGGCGACGCUCGUUGCUGACGUGCCGCUGGAAAUGCGGCAAAGUGGUGGCGCGGAGAAACUCCUGUCGCGAAUCUUUGUGCCGUACAUUACCCACGCCGUCUUGAGUGAAACCCACGACUUUUACGAGUCGGACGACGGCGGCGGCGCGACUGUAGACGAUGGGUUGCGGGAUGGUCUGGUCGUUCGCGCGUAUUGCCGCGCGGCGGCCUUUGUCGCCAAGCUGUCUUCGUCUCCCGCGGUCGCCAAGUACGUUCGAGGCAUCCUCGCCGUCCCAUCGACGAUUAUUCAGGGGGCCGACGGUGGCGCCAGCACCACCGAACAAGGUUUCGGGCGGUAUGGCUGGGUCACUGUGACCGCGUUGCAAGAAUUGCUGACUCAGCUCCCGCCCUCGUCGUCGGCGGACACAACCAUGACAGAUUGGUGCAUCGACGUGUUUCCUAUCGUGUACGUGAGUCAGUAUUCGUCGCUGCCGUCGCUGCGCGCCGCGUGGAAGGCCGUGGUCGACGUAAUUCCUCCCACAUUGCAAUACUCGCCCUUGUACGCACAACGAGCCCUCACGUACGCGUGUGACUUGCUGUCCCAUUUGUCGUGGGAGUCGCGAAAGCAAGGCGCGUCUGCAAUCCUCGCGCUGGCGUCGUCGACCGAAUACGUGAAAAUCAUUCGAGAAUGGUCCCCCGCCGUCGAGAAGAUCAAGUCUGCGAUCCCAGGACGACUGUGGCGAGGCAAAGGCAUCUUGCUGGAGGCGCUCGGGGCCACCUACGACUUGGUCGACGAUUCCCCGAGCAAAGACAUCGUCGCAGUGCUUGUCGACGAAUGCGACCGCGCGAUUCGAAACACGGACAUGGCGUAUUUGGAAUGUGCGAUCGUCAGUCUUGGGUCUCUCGGAGGCAAAGCACGCUCGAUCGCGUCGUUUGAGGUAUUGAAGCGCUUCUUCUUUGACACACCACGUCCCACGGACCUGCCACCCCUGAUUCGAAAGCGCAUGUUUGACACACUUGGACAGUGGUGGCCAGUCGAGGCCGAUGCGGUCGAUGGCGCGUCCUCUAUCAGCGCGACUCACGUCUUGAUGUGGCUGUGCGUCGACGCUGCUGCAACUUUCCACGUGUGGAGUGUCCGGGAAGCCAUGCUGCGUUGCUUGGCGCAGAUCUUGUCGCGGGCAACGUACAACGCCUUGGACAAUCGCAAGACGAUGGAAGCGAUUGCCACGACUUGUCAACAUGGGAUGGGCGAUGCCAAGUACGCCAGUGUCCGUCGAGCUGCUCUCGACGCGCUGGUCGCACUUGCACGUCGACGCAACGAUGCAGGCAUGCCUCUCGUUGCGCUCGUUCCGUACAAAGAAGACUGGAUCGCGGCGGCCACCACCCUCCUCCACGACGCAGAACCGUCUGUGUGCCAUGCCGCGUCGCAACUCGUGGAUUGUUUGCGCUCGAUUCAUUACUGACGUCAUGCCUAAUACGAUGUAUCAACCCCUUGACGGACGUAGCAGGUCCGCCCCUCGGUUGUACACGAGGUG